AUGUGUCUGUGUCUUCUAACCACAGUUGCGGUUAGUAAGGCUGUGUGUCCCACUCUCUGCGAUGCUCUGCUGGUACGAGACCGAGACGAUGUGAAGAAGUAUCUGCAGUGCUCCGACCCCACCCCUUGGUUCAAUAAUACGUUCAGACGGGCGUUCUUCAACUGUUUGCGUGGUUCGCCCCAUGAGACGUUUGACCACCCUGUGGCCAUACUUAUGAUUGUGGCAUCCUCUGACCCCGAUCCCGUACACUUCCUGCAGAACUCAUACAAUCCAGGCAUGCGAGGUGCGCGCAGAGCUUGA